CAACCGGUGGCGGUUAUAGAAGUUAGGUAUGGUGAGUUUUACCGCCUUUUUCACCUGUGGACUGUGGAAGCAAGAGCGAUCAUUUGGUGUUAAGUUCGCUACCGGUGAGCAUUCUCAAUCGCGGCGGGCUUUGAACCAUUUUGGGAGCCGGAAGAAACGGAUCGCGAUUUUUCCGGGGUUCUUGCUCAGGAAGGAAAAGUGCAGGACCAGUUCAGGUCAGUUGGGCUUCGUAAACGAACAUUGACUCUACAGUGUAAAGCGACGUAGUUUUUCGUGAGUCCAGUGAAGUGCUGUUUGAUAACUUACUCAAAUAAGAAAAUCCUUCAUAAAUGGAAACAACAUAUGUCGGAUUGAUACACAAGCUGUGAAUAAGGAAGAUGUUAAUUUCAAACGGAACGCCACUGGCAACCGGGAACGACUUCAGCGUUGCCACGUUGUCAGGUUGCUGUCCAGUGCCGGCGGCUCGCUCCGGAUUGGUCAAUUGGAAAAUGGAUCCUGUGGGAUUGCCUGUGCCCAAUACGGCACCCAAUGUGCUACCAACUGGAGUGGCUCUUAGUCCCACAGUGGCUUCAUCAGCAUCAAUUCCACCACCAAACUCGGCCUCAUCUUCAGUAUCAGGAUCGCCAUCAAUUCAAUCAUCUUUAAGUACGGCAGCUUUUCGUGAGCUCUAUGGUGCUUCUGGUGCGGUUCCACCAGGCCAUCCGCUCGCCUCAUUGGUGAGCCAGCAGCGUUUUCUGGAGCUGUCCAGGUUCGGACUGCGUCAGUACGACUUGGCGCAGCAUAUGCUUACUCAACAGGGCGCAGUCACCAAACUCCUGGGAACUCUCAGACCGCCUGGAUUGAUUGGAGGAAGUAAACCGAAAGUUGCAACCCCGGCAGUAGUCUCCAAAAUCGAACAGUACAAAAGAGAAAAUCCGACGAUUUUCGCAUGGGAAAUCCGAGAACGACUCAUCUCAGAAGGAGUAUGUACGAAUGCAACAGCUCCGUCUGUGAGCAGCAUCAACCGAAUCCUGCGUAACCGAGCUGCAGAACGUGCAGCGGCCGAGUUCGCUCGGGCUGCAGGUUAUGGGCUGUACCAUCCUCACCCAUAUGCAGCCGCUGCUGCUUUUCCUUGGCAUUCCCCGCUCUGGCCUAAUGGGGCUUUAGGAAUGCAACCCCCAGGCGCGGGAAAUCCUACAGUGAUGACAGGCAGCCCUUCCUCCAGCAGUUCGCCUCACCACGACCACAACCUGUUGAACUCACCUCCGGGAGGAAUGGAUAAAGAUGACUCUAGCUUAGACAGUUCCGAACAGCCAAAGUUUAGGCGGAAUCGAACAACGUUCAGCCCAGAUCAGCUGGAGGAGCUGGAGAAGGAGUUUGAAAAGAGUCAUUAUCCAUGCGUUUCAACUAGAGAGCGUCUGGCGUCCAAAACUUCACUCUCAGAAGCCCGAGUUCAGGUUUGGUUUUCCAACAGACGAGCAAAAUGGCGACGUCAUCAGCGCAUGAACCUGCUGAAACAGUCGUCGCCGCCGGGAGGUCCGGGAGGCCACCAAGGGAACGCCUCCUCUUCUCUGUUCGGGACUCGACUCACUCCCUCACCCCAUUACAAAGGUUCAGACCGUGGGUCUCCCCUUACUUCUCCCCUAGGGCCCGGGGGUCACAAUCAGCUGUUACUUCAAAUGGGUGGGGAAAAUAGCGCUUUCAAAGCUCUGGUGCCCAACGCGCUGCUUACACAAGAAAAUCUGCGCCGAAUGCAGGAAUACGAGUCCGAUUCUGAUGAGGAAAUUAAUGUGAAUGAUGAGUCCGACCUAGAAGAUGACCGGGGAAGACGGUCGCGUUCUUCCAGUCCGGUGGACGUAGUCGAAACUAGCCCAAGAGAAGGUCAACCCUUGCAGUUAACCAUGCACGACAGAGAUUAGAGUGGUAAGAAGGGCAGCAGCCCCAAUUGAGCAAAGCUUUAGGACUGGCGGAAUCUUUGUAGAUAAUACUUCAAUGUUCCUUAUUUUUCUAUGUCUUUUUCGUGUUUUAAUUUUAACUGUAUUUCCAAAACUGGCUGGGGUUAAACAUUGUAGGUAAGCCUUACCAUAUGGCCGUAUGGGAGCAAAUGUGAAAUUUUACAUUUAGUUUGACUGUAAACGAGUGGCUAAUUCAUCCCUGCCUUCUACUAAAUCUUAGACAGUGCUCCAUCUAAAGGUUUUUUCAAAAGGCUGUUGGAUUACAGGGUCACGACACACUUUAGUUGAAUGAAAAAAAUAUGAACGGCACAAUAUUCCAAAUACAAAUUUAAAAAUGGUUAAUAAAAGAGCUGAAAGUAGCGUUUACGACACGUUUUUAGGCUUCAAAGAAAAUAAACAAUAUCUGUUACAAAGUUCAGAUUUUUUUAGCUAAAAGGUUUGCAUACCCAAGCGCUGUACAGGGUAAUUUCGAGUGAGCGCUCUAAUGAAUGUUUAUAGAAAGUUUAAUUAAUGCUAAUGGAUUUUCGUAAAUUGUUAUGAAAUAAAUUUAAAUUUAAUAUUAAAUAACAUUUUAUGGCUUAGGAUGAAAUGUAUAACUUAGGACCGAAAAACUCAUUUGGUCAAUAGGCUUUUUAGAAAGAAAGAAAAAUUAUCAUCAUAUGCAAAUCGAUUCAAAUUAUUCCAAAACUAAGUGUUGAACCAAUCAUUGAAAACUGGCUCUUCCAUUUUUUUAAGUUUAAUUAUCCUCUUAAAAUUGGUUGGCACAAUAAUCGUUAAAACUUUACUGUCCUCGCUAAUGCCGGUAUUACACUACGCAGUUUGCCCAGAUAUAUUGGCCAGUAAAUUGGGCCAAUUAUUUAAGAUCACCACAUAUGAGCGUAACGGGUGAAAUCGGUGUGCGAUCGAUAAAUCGUACGAUUUAUUGCAGACUUCGAACAUGUUGGAAAUGAUUGGUUAUUCUGAAAAACUUUUGGAAAUUUUUAAGUUUAUUUGUUAUUGUACGAUGCACAAUAUUGGCAGCGUUAAUGUUGGUUUCACUGAAAUUGCUCUAAUUUACAAUCGAAUAGAUCGAGUUGUAUAAUUCGAUUCUUCUCAACACUAGAGUUCAGUUGCCAAAAAAUCGAUAGAAUGAACUGUGGAUCUUUUGAGUCUAAUUGCCGAAAUAAUUAAGGCUAAAUUGCUUGUAGCUCGAUAGCGAAAGAUUGAUUUUGCCAUUAAAUUAAUUUGAGAAAACCUUUAAUCGUUUACAUAUUCGUCACGGAACAUUUUAUAUAAAAUCGAUGUUUAUUAACCGGUCAAAGAUAGGCAUCAAGCGGUGUAAGAUCUGGGAGACGGGUUGUCCAAUUUCACAAUUCAAGCAAUUUUGUUGUCGAUUUUCAAACUAUUUCAGUUUUUUACUUUUCCAAAAGUCUACACAUCUGUUAGUCGAAAUGUUCGCACAUAAACAUUUCAGAUCCUUGCCUUCAGACAAAUUUCCUCAAGACGAAAAAGCCACUAGCCGGAAACACUGCUGAAACACCCUGUAUAUUUGGAAGUAAAAUGUGCUUCAUGUUAUUUCAGAAGCUUUGUCCAUGUAAAUCUCGAAUGAUUUAGCCACCCGGUAAACCUAUUUAACAUUAAUUUAUUUUUAUGUAAAAAGUAUUAUUUAUUAGUUCAAAUUAGUUGUUAGUUAAAUCCUGUAAAAUAUUAGACCCAAUUGCUAAUCGGUAAGUGUAAAUAGUCAACGAGUUGAUUGAUAUUCUUUAAGAAUAAAAUUCACAUUUAAAUGAA